AUGCAGGCUCGACAAAAUCAAAACGACUUUGAGGAGGCGAUCACGGACUACGGAAAAGUGCUUUCGAUUGAGCCGGAAAAUAAAGCAGCGAUGACGCAGAUUAUCGUUUGCAAGAGGAAAUUGGCGUCUGAACAUGAAAAGCAAAAGAAAAUGUUCGGUAAGAUCUUCCAAAAACUGGCCGAAAGCAAUGAAUUAGAAGACGCAAAGUCGGAUUCGGCUAGCAAGGACGCUGCGAAGCAGGAGGCUGCAACGAAAUCAGAAACUGAACCAUGUGCAAAUGCAGUGAAGGAAGAGGAAGCGACCGGUGGAGAAAUGUCAACGCCAGACAUCCAAAUGGCAGAGGCGACGAAGGAAACGUGA